GCAGGCGUGUUCCUGCCGGAAAAGCCUGGGAGGCGCACAAGUUAAAAGCGUAGAUAUGUAUUGCGAGGUCACACCGUGGAUAGAGGAACUGAUCCUGAGCUACGGCAGCUCUGAGAAGAAGAAGGUGAGCGGCUGCCUGACGGCUCACGUCGUCGGGUUGGAUAAGAUGACCGAGUCCCUGGCGCUCGGGUGGGAUGGCCCCACCGAAAUCGUGUUCCUGUCGGACGGCCAGGUCCGGAUUCCGGCCGCUCUCACCACCAGAGCCUGGAAGAAUCUGAUGGAGUUUGAGGAGCGCGAGUACAUCCAAGGCUUGCUCAACAACACGAUGCUCAUCCAGGUCCACCAGCUGAAGUUUCACAUGGCAAAAGAAUUGAAUGAAUGCUGGUUCUACUUAUCAAUAGGAAAAAUGUGCAGCCUCGCAAGCGGCCUGUUGCGAGAGUUUACCGAGUGCUGCACGACCCUCUCCUCCGUCAGGAUGAAGAUCCGCCAAACCUGGCAGGCUUGUCUGGUUGAGGAGAACUUUGUUUGGGGCCACAAUGAGCGGGUUCUGAGUCAGCUGCUGGAGGCGUGGGAUCAGGACUUUGUGGAUGAGAUGAUGGAGGACAUCAGAGAGAAGCUGAUGGUAGGACGCAGACCAGGAUCUGGGAGCCGGCUGAGGACGAGCUGGGACGUGGACCGGGUCAGAUACAAGAGGAUGGAGCGUUUCACAGUACCAGUGAGGUACCUUCUCAUCCCUGAAGAGGUGGAGGCACCGACAGGAGGAGCGGCCCAGCCUGCGACAGAAGUGGAUCCCCCGCAGGCUCCCGGCUGUGAUGCAGGUGAGAGCCCCCCCGUUCCGGAGCAGGACAGUCCGCUGCACGACCUCAUUCUCUCAGACUCGGAAUACGUGCUUCUGUCCAACCCCUGGGAUGCUUUCCCUCCUCCGGGUGUCAGUCUAUCAUCCUCCAAUUCAUCUCCGGAAAUGACCCCAAUCCUGCCGGAGUGCGGCCCCGCAGCCUCAUCCAACCCUGACUCUGUUGCCAUGGUAACCAGCACGCAGCUACCAGUCCACAGCGACCUCUCACCCUACCAGAAGCAGCCAAUCAACUUCCCCUCAUCGUCCACGACCUCCGUAAGUCCACCACAACCUCCAACCUCAGACGACACAGCCCAGCAGAACCUUCUGGUUCUGAUCCAAGCCGAUGAAGACAACGAUCAAGAACACUACAGAAAGGCUAAGAAGAAGCGAUGUGAAGUCACAGCAGAACCCGGUGUGCUGGAGCAGGAGGAACCGAGCGGGAGCCCCCCCUCCUGGCUCUUUGACCCGACAGGAACCUCCAUAAGAGAAGAACCCAGCAAUCCCAGCACAGAACCGGACCUGAGAAAGGUCCUGGACACUCACAGCGACGGAAAGCCGUUCAUGUACACCUACAAGGUGACCGGACAGAACCUUCAGGAUCUGAUUCAGUUCAAAAUGCCCGCCUCUCUCCUCCACUGGGCCGUGAAGUACCUCGUCACUGCGAGGCCGAAAGAUCCUGUCUGACAGAAUCAGAACCAGGAACUGCAGUAGUUACCCCACUUGGAGAAAAUCCGUUCACAUCUGCUCGGCUUUUCUUGGUAGUUUAUGAAGUUCUUCGGGGCCUUUGUGACCCCAAAGCCUCAGCAGAAGUCCAGGUGGAACAUCAGCAUUUCUAAUGACAGUUGAUGUGUUUGUAAAAACUAUCACAGCUGAGCCACACCCGCCCACAGUGGAUUCAAACCCACAGCACAGACACUCCACCACGCAGCCGCUGAGCUGCUGGGAAAAUGGUCUUUUUGGUUCAAAAUAAACCAGUUUAAAUCAUA